AUGGACGCGGAUCAGUCUGAGCCGCUGCCGCUCUAUAAGUCCUCAGGCCCUCACGGGCAUCAUCAAACGGCAGCCUGUCACACUGGACCUCUCCUGGGCCAACAUCUCCAAGAAGCAGCUCAGCUGGCUCAUCAACCGCCUGCCAGACCAGCCAGUGACAACCGUUCCCAGAUGAAGAACAUGCAGUGCUUGUGGCUGUGCGGUCUGGAGGUGACCGAAGCCACGCUGAGGCUGAUCAUCAGACACAUGCCUCUGCUCACUCGUCUGGAGCUCUCGCAUUGUCCCAUCACAGAUGGUGCUCUCAACCUCCUCAGCGCCGUGGGCUCCUCCACACGCAACACACUCACACACCUCAACUUAGCAGGUUGCAGCCGCCUGACAGACCGGUGUCUGGUGUACCUGCGGCGCUUGUCCUGUCUCUCCGUACUGGACCUGCGCGGCUGCAAAGGGGUCUCGCGGCAGGCGUGCGAAAGCUUUAUCUCCGAGCUGUCUGUCAAUGCCCUCUACUGCCUAUCAGAUGACAAGCUCAUCCAGAGGAUAUCGUAAAACCCGCCCUCCUCAGGGAGAGAGAGACUUUGUGAAUAUUUGUGUGACUGAGAAGGAACGCAGAGUCUGUCUGCAUGUGUGAGUGAUGGUUUCUGUAGGUCUGUAGGGAUGCUCUCUGUUUGACAGAGGACCGGGUUUCAUGUAUAGCGGCUUAGGAGGGAGGAGCUCGAAGCAUCCAGGGCUGAGCUUAUGUAUAAAUAGGUCUGGGUGAUGAGUAUCCUUUUGUAGUUAACUAUUUCUCUUUGUUCUGUGUUCACACAAACACUGCAAUUGGCAAUCAGAUCAGUUCUCAGGCCUGUCAUGCCAUGGGCUCUUCAAUUAAAGAGAUCAACAGGUGCUAUUCCUUUACAGUUUGAUUUCUAUUUCAGAGCAGCUUUCUGUCUGCUUUUAAAAACCUUUGCUUCUACUGCUGAACGAUACUCUAAUGCAUUGUCCAGAUCCUGUCAUCUUGAUGCAGAUCCAUUUAUCCUCAGUAGUGUGGAGGUUUUGCAUUGCAUUUCUUUUAUUUUUUUUUCCCACUCAUCCCCUUAAAUGUCAUUUUACUUGAGGAAUACCUUUUUGUUCUUAAUUCCUCUCCCUCCUUAAUACCUGAGAGUAUAGAGAUAUAUAAAUAUAUAAACACCCUUGUGUAAAUGUAUUCCUCUCCUGUAGUAUGACAGAAAGAAUCCUGUAGCAUUAUAAUUAUUUUCAGAAGCUUUUUCACUUUUUUUUUUUCUUUU